CUCGCUUUACAGGGGAAUCUUGUGGACGCAGCCGCAGACGCAGACGCCACCCGCCAGCAAGCGGCGACUCUCUGGGUUCACGCGUUCGGACCCUCUCUCUUCCUACAAGAACAAGAUUUUUCUCUCCGCCUUCCAUUUCCCGUUUUCCUCGGCCAUCCCUUCACCAUCGGGGCACCCUCUCUCUGUCUCCAAGACCCUAUUUCGUCGAUCUUUAGACGUCUGAAUUCCGGGGAUCGAAGGCCGAGGGGCGCGGAUUGAUGGCGGCGGCAGGGGGCAAGGCGGGGCUGGUGGCGAGCUUCGGCGAGAUGCUGAUCGAUUUCGUCCCGACGGAGGCCGGGGUGUCGCUGGCGGAUGCGCCGGGAUUCCUCAAGAAGGCCGGCGGCGCCCCCGCAAACGUGGCGAUCGCGGUGAAGAGGCUCGGAGGGUGCUCGGCCUUCAUCGGCAAGCUCGGGGACGACGAGUUCGGGCGGAUGCUGGCGGGGAUCCUCAGGGAGAACGGCGUCGACGAUCGGGGAGUGCGGUUCGACGGGAACGCCCGGACGGCCCUCGCCUUCGUGACGCUCCGGGCCGACGGGGAGCGGGAGUUCAUGUUCUACCGGAACCCCAGCGCGGACAUGCUCCUCACGCCGGACGAGCUCGACCUGCCGCUCCUCCACCAGUCUAAGAUAUUUCAUUACGGCUCCAUAAGCCUGAUAUCGGAGCCAUGUAGGUCGGCGCACCUGCGGGCCAUGGCUGUGGCCAAGAAAGCCGGUGCGCUGCUCUCCUUCGACCCCAACCUCCGUCUGCCGCUGUGGCGGUCUCCCGAUGACGCCCGCAAAAUGAUCUUCAGCAUAUGGGAGGAAUCAGAAAUCAUCAAGGUGAGCGACGUCGAGCUGGAGUUCUUGACAGGAGACGGAUCGCUGGAAGAUAAGGUGGCCUUGUCCCUAUGGCACAAGGACUUGAAGCUCCUAGUCGUCACCCUUGGGGAUAAGGGAUGCAAGUACUACACCAAGCAUUGCCGAGGAGCAGUCAAAAGCGUGAAGGUGACAGCAGUGGACACGACCGGCGCCGGGGAUGCCUUCGUAGGUGCGCUGCUGAAACAAAUAAGCCAGGACGAUUCCCUCUUGAAGGACGAGAAGAGGCUUAGGAAAGCACUUGCAUUUGCCAACGUAUGUGGAGCGGUCACAACUACGAAGAAGGGGGCGAUCCCAUCCCUACCGACUGAGGACCAAGUGCUUGAGCUGCUGCACGGCUUCGAAGACAGCAGCUGAUAUUUUACUCCUCCAAAACAUGCCAUCUUUUUAUGAUACUUUUUUUUUGUUUCAUUAGUUUUCCAUUUUUCUCUUGAUAACGGGAAGUGCAAUUCUCUAAAGAAAUUAAUUAAUUUGAGUGUGUUCAGUCGAGGUUUUCGGAGACGGAGUGUGGAAGCGGUGUGCGAAUCUUAGUUUCUUAAUGUUGGUCGGAUGACUUCUUUAUGAAGGUCCUCGUGAUUAUAUAGACAGCAAUAAGUUAUUCUCUUUCUCUUUUA